CGAAAACACCUGUCACGACUAGGCCGGUUUAGACUUUUCCUCGCGCGAAACUCUCAAUUCCCCAUUGUCCAUUGCCCAUUGCCCCUUCAACCGUUAUCAAGCAGCAGCAGAGCCUGCAGAGGAGAAACAACAAAACGCCGUCAGGAACAACAUGGCGGACGCAAAACCCCAGAAGGAUCAGGUCGAGCAGGAUCGGCCUGAGGAAGAGACCCCGCAGGUCGAGUCACGGCCCGACGUAGGCCAGGCCGAGGCCGACAAUGACAACGAGAACGACGCGGAAGGCGACGAUGCCGGCCGUGGCCAAGAUGGGCUGAGCGAAGAUCGGAAGGAGGAUCAGCGACCACAGCAGGAGCAGGAAAAGGAGCAGCCGCAAGAGCAAGAGCAAGAGAAGUCGGAAGAGAAGUCGGAAGAGAAGCCGGAAGAGAAGCCCGACGAGAAGCCCGAAGAGAAGCCCCAGCCGCAGCAGCAGCCGCAGCGGCCGCGGAAGAAGAAACAGCCGCAGCCAGAGCAGCAGCCACAAGAGCAACCCAAGCAACAAAUGAACGGGAAUGAUCAAGACCAGGACCAGGACCAAGACCUGGACGACGACUACUCGGACGAAGAAGAACCAUACUCAGACGAGGACGACCAAGCCUACUCGGACGAAGAAGAACAAGACAACUACACCACGGCCCCCCCUCCGGCGCAGAGGCAAGAGGAACGACGACCCGCCAACCGAGGGGAUGACGUCCCUCGCACCAUGACCGAGCAGCGGAAGAACCGCAGGCGAGCGCGCUGGGCGGAAGAGGAGGACGAGGAGGACGCCGGUGCCAAGCAGAUGGCGCCUCGCCGUCGCGGGCAGGACCCUUACAUGCAGCAGCAAAACCAGAUGCAACAGCAGAUGCAGCAGCAGCAGCAGCAGCAGCAGAUGCAACAGCAGGGAGGCGGCGGCGACAAGAAGGAUCCGUUGAAGCUGCGGCUUGAUCUGAACCUCGAGGUGGAAAUUGAACUCAAGGCGAGGAUCCAUGGUGAUCUUACGCUGGCUUUGCUGGAUAUGGACUAGUGAGGGUUUGUGAGAAAUCACAACACGCCCCUUUCAUUUAUAUAUAUCAUGCACAAAGCCUACCCGUCUGCCACUAUACUGACAAGAUAAGGGGGUGAGAUAAAUGACUCGGAACUGGAGUGAAGGUGGUUGGGUAGACUUUUGGGCGGGCAAAGCAUUUUCCAUGCUGGGAAAUUAACGACGAUAAUUAUUUCUUACUUCUGUCUCGUGGUUUAGUUUUGGGUGUUGGGAGGACCCUGGACAAUAUCAGCGGCUUUGCUCUUUGCUCUUUGCUGUGCUCUCUUUGCACGAGGGAACUUGGGAAGUGCUCCCGUGUCUGAAAUGUAAGCCUGGAGAAGCGGAUAUGUACAAUAUGAGGCAAAACCGGUGCAGGAAAGUCUUUCUUCUCUGGUGGCAUUGCCGACGACCGAUGACCCCUUGCCAGAAAACAAUACGAUAUAAAGAAAAGUUCGAUCCUG